AUCAGUAGAAAAAUCAGUUUGGUGUUUAAAUUUUCAAACAAAUUUAAUCUACAGAUGGUUGUAGUUGUGUGGUUGUAAAUGGAGAAGUGGUCGCCUAAGACCAUGUAUCACUCCCCUGAGGAGGAAAUAGCCUUCGGACCUGCCUGCUGGCUAUGGGACAAUCUAAGGAGAAGUGGCGCUUCUGGGUUUUUGCUUCCUCUUUCUGGAGGUGCAGACAGCUCCGCUGUAGCUGCCAUAGUUGGGUGCAUGUGCCAACUAGUUGUCGAAGUUCUGAAGCCACAAAGAAGCGAGCUAAGACACAAGCCGGUGGAUGGAGGAUCCAAUAUUGAGAACUUGGCAUUGCAGAACAUUCAAGCUCGAACCAGAAUGGUGCUAGCUUUUAUGUUAGCUUCACUUUUGCCUUGGGUUCACAAUAAACCAGGGUUUCAUCUUGUUUUGGCUGGCACAAAUGUAGAUGAAGGAUUGCGUGGUCACCUCACAAAGUAUGAUUGCAGCUCGGCAGAUAUAAAUCCAAUUGGAAGUUUUAAUAAGCAAGACCUUAAGAUGUUUCUCCGAUGGGCUCUGGAGCCUAUUCGUUCCAACUACCGCCAAGUGGAUGAAGUGGACAUAGGAAUGACAUAUGAGGAACUAUCUGUCUACGGACGAUUGCGGAAAAUGCUCCGUUGUGGUCCUGUAUCAAUGUUCAGGUGCUUCUAUAAUACGAGAUGGCCAUAUCAAUUCCGAUGGAUGGAUGAACUUGUUAGAGAGUUAGAACGCGAUGACGUUGCAUUUAAGGAAUCAAGCGACCACGAAAAAAUCGGCAGUGGGAUAAGAGCUAUCGCAGCAUCUUCUGGCAAUUCCAUAGCUCCUCUUUCAUAGACAAUCGUACAAUUUCUAGUGCAACUUUUUUCUGUGGAAAUGCUGUUUCUCUUUUCUUGCCGAACGGUUCACAUGGUCUGAUUCCAUACCAGGCCAGGUAAGCUUUUUUCUCUAUCCCCCUUUUUUCCUUUUUCUUUUUUCUUUUUUUUUCUAAGAAUAAAAGAAAAUUAACAAU